GUUCCUUCCCAGACUGACCUGACCUGGAUAGCCACCAUGCACAACAGCACUGCCGAAAUUCCGCACGCGGCUGCGACGUGUAACGAGACUUGGCCCACCCAGCCUCCAAGCUCCAAGUUCUCCCUGGGUGUGUUGGUGCUUCUGGCUUUCCUCAUGGUGCUGCUGUGUCUGGUGACCAUCCUUGGAAACAUGCUGGUGAUCCUUGCUUUCAUUAUGGACAGAAACCUCAGGCAUCGGAGUAACUAUUUCUUUCUGAAUCUUGCUGUUUCUGACUUUGCAGUGGGUGCGUUCUGUAUGCCGUUGUACAUCCCUUACGCCCUGACAGGGAUAUGGCACUUGGGAAGGAGCCUGUGCAAGCUCUGGCUGGUCAUGGACUAUCUCGUGUGCACAGCUUCAGUGUUUAACAUCGUCCUUAUCAGCUACGACCGUUUCCUGUCAGUUACAAAAGCUGUAUCUUACAGAGCCCAGCAGGGAAUACUGUCCAGCUCUGCCAUCAAGAUGGUGGCCAUCUGGGUCUUAGCAUUUCUCCUGUACUGCCCAGCCAUCCUGCUUUGGGAGCACGUGGCCGGACGCAGCGUGGUAGAGGUGGAUCAGUGCUAUGCUGAGUUCUUUGACAACUGGUACUUCCUCCUGUGUGCUUCCACCCUGGAGUUCUUUGUGCCGCUGCUCUUGGUGACCUACUUCAACGUGCACAUCUUCCACAACAUCCAGAGGCGCCAGCGGUGUGGCAGCGUGCAGGACUGCGAGCCUCCAAGGAGCAGCAGCCUGUCCUGGAGGUUUUGUGGCUUGCUGAGGCCAGGGGCAUCAUCUCCUUCAUCAGAAGCAGAGGACAGUGAUUCAUCACUAACGAGGUCAUGGAGACCAGCAGUGGUGGCUAAUGGUCCAUUUCGAACAGAAACAAGUUCUACGGCUUUCAAAAGGAACUUUUCUGCUUCUUUCUCUUCAAGGACUGAAUCAAAACUGCAGCAGGACAAGAAAAUAGCGAAGUCUCUUGCCAUAAUUGUCUGUGUGUUUGCCAUUUGCUGGGCCCCAUACUCUUUAUUAAUGAUUAUCCGUGGGGCCUGCCAAGAAAAGUGUAUCCAUAACUCUCUCUACGAAGCAACCUUUUGGCUUUUGUGGAUCAAUUCUUCUUUGAACCCAUUUCUUUAUCCUCUCUGUCAUAUGAGGUUUCGAAUGGCUUUUCUGAAGAUAUUAUGUCACAAAAAGUUUGCAAAAUUGAGAUCUGGUAACAUGCCUUCUAUUUAGAGAGGUAAAAGAAAUGUCAUACAGAUAAGGUUCUUCUGUUAUUUAGUGAUACCUUUUCCCAUGUAUGGUCGGCAUGAAUAGAGAAAAAAAACAUUUGUUUACUAAUGACAUUGUUUAAGAGUGCAGUAGUGUUAUGUAUUUGCCCUGAUGUUGCUAAUUUUCAGAAUCUCAUUUUUGGUUUUGCUGGUAUGAUGCUAGAUUAAUUACUGUGUAGUGCAUUGAAAAGAAUAAUAAGAUUUGCGGGAUGUCCUCUUGGUUUGUGAGUGUGAGGUAUAGUAUUUUCCUUCUCUUUUUUUUUCUUUCCUUUGUUUAAUACAUAGAGCUGGCACUGUGAAAAAACUCUGCUCUUGUUAUCUCCAUAGAGAGUCACUGGAGGGAGAUUCCUGCUCAUGUAUGUGUUGAAUUAAAAUUUAUGUCCUAUUUAUGAACCUAAAGCUGUCAGUAAAGAAGCAAUACCGCUACAUUUUUAAAAGAUUGUAAAAAUACAGAAGCAGUAUAUUUUUAUUUCAUAAACUAUUAUGAAGACAAGAGAGUGCCCCCUCCUUGU